ACUCUGAUGGCAACAUUCCAGGAGCAAAAUUGUUUUCAGUCAUGAAAUCACCUGAUGUUGAAAUGUGAAGCCACUUUCACAUGGCUUGGCAUGCAAGUAGCUCACAAUCUUUGACAGACUGGUUUAGAAGCAUGAAUGGUAGUAAAUUUGAAGUAAAAAAUGGUGGGUUAGGUAAUUUACAAGUGCAAUAGUCUAUGACCAAAGUUAUGCAGAAGUUUUAAAUGGUUGCAAUAUUUGAAUUUGGUUGCAAUAUUUGAAUGUGGCAAUUGGAAUAUGGUAAUAUUAAUUGAUUUGGAGGUCAUGGUUUCCUAUAAAUACCCUAGGACACUAGAACUACCAGUCGAGUAAGAACUCCAAUAACCACCCCUAUAAGAGGUCAUCAACUAAUCCCCUAAGACUCUGAAACUAUCGACCGGGUAAGAGUUUCAGUGGCCACCCCUAUUAGAGACCGAGGUAAAUCAAACUCAGGACCUCUUGAAUAAUACACCCAAAAGUCUUAGUUGACUAUUCGAUCACCUAGUGGUGAUUUAUAUCUUUUACUUUACUCUUAUUUUAUUAUUUUUAUAUUUAUCAUGAUUAAACAUUUUUAUAUGCUUUAUUCUUAAACAUAAUCAUAUUUGAUAUAUGAUAGACUUUGAAUAAAUAUAUUCAACAUCUUCAGGUGUCAGCAAUGCCUCAGCAGUAAGGCCAUCAUAAAGGAAUUGUAUUCCCGUCAUGUCCACUGAAAUUUGCAAGCCAAGCAAAGCAUAAAUUAAAAUUCAACUGCCGUCAUCUGAGAAAAUCAUGUAACUGAAUUGAAUAUCAUUGCAUCCGUGUACCAAUAAAAUUUUAUUAUCAUUUGUUUAUUUGGAGUCAACAGAAAUCCUUGCAAGACAAGGCCAUAUUUUCUUCUUUCUUUAACUAAUGAAAGAGCCAGAGCCAAUGGUUGGACGGCACUUAUUUAUGGUCAAUCAGAAAAGCUUUAUUUAUGAUUCCAGUUUAGCAGCCACGUUUGGAUAAUACAGUUAUGUAUUUCCUUACGUAGACAAAUUUUCCAUUUCAACUUUUCACCUAUAUAAGCACAAACUGAGGGAUCAACCCCCAUCAAUAGAAGCAAACCUCACAACAUGGAUUCAAAUAAUCAAGGCCACGGAUCUAGUGAGUUUUUUCAAGCUCAGACUCAGAUAUACAAACAUGUAUGUCAUUUUAUGGAUUCCAUGGCACUGAAAUGUGCAGUCCAAUUAGGCAUUCCUGAUGUAAUCCACAACCACAACAAGCCCAUUAAUCUCUCAGAGUUGGCUUCUGCACUUCAAAUUUCUCAAACAAAAACAGAUUGCUUGCAGCGCCUCAUGCGCCUAUUGCAGCACUCAGGUUUCUUUGCAACAACCAAGAUUGUUGAAGACCAAGAACAAGAAGGGUAUAUACUCACACCAUUUUCUAAUCUCCUGGUGAAAGAUAAUGUUGCCAGUUUAUCGCCUGUCGUUCUAGCCCUGCUGGAUCCUGUGCUAGUGAAUCCUUGGCAUUCCUUGGCGAACUGGUUUCAAGGAAAUGAUCUUACACCAUUUGAGACGGCCCAUGGAAUGAGCUUUUGGGACCUUGCGACGCAAAACCUUGAAUUUAGCAGCAGCAUGAAUGAACUAAUGGCCAGUGAUUCUCGGAUAACAAGCUUGGUUAUUAGAGAUCAUAAGGAAAUUUUCCAGGGGCUGAAUUCAUUGGUUGAUGUGGGAGGCGGCACAGGAACUCUGGCUAGGAAAAUUUCUCAGGCCUUCCCUGAAUUGAAAUGCACGGUCUUGGAUCUCCCACAAGUCGUCACUAACUUGCCAGAGAGUGAAAACUUAAAAUUUGUUGCAGGUGACAUGUUUCAAUCUAUCCCUUCAGCAGAUGCAAUUGUCAUCAAGUCAGUUUUGCAUAAUUGGAGUGAUGAGGACUGUGUAAAGAUUUUGAAGCGUAGCAGAGAAGCUAUUGCAAGUAAAGGUAAGGGAGGAAAGCUUAUUAUCAUAGACAUGGUGAUCGAUGACAAGAAAGAAGAACACGAUAGAACCAAAACAAAGCUCUUUAUGGACAUCACGAUGAUGGUUAUGUGUAGUGGAAAAGAGAGAAAGGAGAAGGACUGGGAAAAGCUGUUCUUGGAUUCCGGUUUUAGUCACUACAAAAUUACAGCUACAAGUGAGUUAAAAUCUAUCAUUGAGGUUUAUCCUUGAGAAGUGCACUUGUCUCCGUGUUUUGUAAGCUUCAGAUGAUUGUCAAAUGAAUAAUGUACAAUAAGCUUGAUGCAAUACCUUGCUUGCAAUGGUGACUUGAAUAUUAAAAUCGAAUUUUGUUUUCUUUUCUCAA